AUGUUGUCUCAAGAACCUGAAAAGGUUCUUGAAAGCAAGAACAAGAACUGUCAGAUUGUAAUGCUAGUCUUCUAUAACAUAGAUCCAUCAUAUGUAAGGAAACAAAAUGGCACUUUUAGGGAAGGAUUUGCUCAGCUUAAAGACUGUUUUAUGGAUGAUUCAGAGACGUUGCAGAGAUGGAGGACUACUUUGAAGGAAGCAGGCAACAUAUCUGGCUUUGAUGCAAAAGUCGUUAGUCAGAGGAUACUUCGCAUGGAACGUUCCCGCCUUCUAACAAGUAAGAACAAGAAGCAAGUAAACCUAUUGAUAAGACUCACAAACUCUUGUUCUACUUCUUAG